AUGGCUGAGGUUAACAACAUAAGGCUCAUUGGAGAGCGGUUUAGUGAAGCAAGGAUACUGGAGAAGGUGAUCUCAACCUUACCUGAGAGGUAUGGGGUAAAAAUAUCUUCCCUCAAAGAUUCAAGGGACCUGACCAGCAUCUCUUUGAUAAAGCUGAUCAAUGUUCUCUAUACACAAGAGCAAAGAAGAGCCAGCAGACUGGAGGAGUACCAAGAAUGUGCCUUCCAAGCCAAAACUAAGCCAGCCUCGAGCAACUCUGCCUACAAAGGCAAAAAGACUUGGAGAGACAAGCCUAAGUUAGAUGCUUCAAGAAGAAGGGAUCAACCUUGUAGGCAUUGUAAAAAGCUUGGUCAUCCAGAGGCCAAUUGCUGGUUUAGGCAAGAUGUGCAGUGCCAGUACUGCAAAAAGAUAGGCCAUGUUGAAAAGGUUUGCAAAAGCAAAGGCAAAACGAGGCAGGUUGCUCAAGACAAUAUCACAAAUAGAUGGCUCUUAAACAGUGGUUGCACCAACCAUAUUACACCAGAUGCUGCCAUCUUUAAGUCAUUAGACAGAAGCUGCAAAACCAAGGUUAAAAUUGGCAAUGGCCACUUCAUCAAGGUAGAAGUUCCUGAAAUUGACAGAAAUCUUCUAAGCAUUGCUCAACUGCUAGAGAAAGGCUAUUCUAUUGUGUUCAAAGGUAAAGAGUGCCAAAUUAGUGAUCCAAGUGGAUCUGUGCUCAUGUCAGUCACUAUGGUUGAUAAAAGCUUUGUUGUUGACUGGAAUAAAGCCUUAAACUCAGCUUAUACAGCUUCUCUUGAUGAAUUCAAGCUUUAG